AUGCGCAUUUCCGCCCUUGAAGCGCAUGUCCAAACAAUUCUUGAUCAGAAAGUACAGAACGCGGACUGUUUUGUGGUAGUUCGUAAUCACGAAGAGCAGCCCCAAUCAGUGUCACGUAACAGAACGGAACUAGGUUCGGAUACCAAUCGACCGAGGUCCACCGCACGCAUCUCUCCGGCCACGCCGGCCAACGAAGACCGGGGACGAUUGCUACGCAGUGCCCAGGCCGAUUUGCCAGAGGUCAAUCAAUUUCUUCGAUUACCCGUGGAAGCCUCGCGUGCACGAGCCCAAAAGUUGAUGGAAUACGCGCGACUCAAGACGGGUUUGGAACAGAUCGAAAAGGUGGCCAAGAAUGUGCAAAUUGUAAUAGAUCGGAUAUUAGAAAUCCGAUUCUCAUUGAAUGCUGCUGUCUUCCGUGUUUUAUUGGUUGUGUUGAUUUGA